AUGGCCGACCAGACGCCGGUAGCCGUGCCAGGAGGCUCGUCUACCUCGGACAGAGGCUCUGCCGAGCCGGCCAUUGGCUCAGUCAACUCGAGCAUGCCAGCAGAUGAAGCACCGCCUGAGCUCGUUACCAGGUCGAUGGGCCCAUCCUCGUCGUCAGCAGAGGACGAUGGCCAGUUGAGCCUGAUCAUCGAGCCUUCGGACAGCCAGGCUCUCAUCAAGCAACGCUUGCCAGCUUCGGCUACUAUCGCUCAGCUCAAGCAGUCAGCCUUGAUCGAAUGGCCUGGCAAGCCCAAAGCAGAUGGCAUCAAGCUCUUCUGGCGAGGCAGACUCCUCAGCGACUCGGAAACGCUCGAACAGGUCUUCAUACAAGGCGACGAGGCUCAGCGCAAGACGAUACACUACAUCCUUGCCUACGUCAAGCCGGCCGCAUACACAGAGACACUGCCGACGCCAGUCGCGCGUAGCGAACACGCAAGAGCGUCCUCAGAUGUCCCUGCCGUGGAUCCACCGGCCACAACACCAGCAGCGCCCGCCAUGGCACGCGCACCCGAGGCUACAGCCACGACAUCGCCAAUGGCUGCUUUGGCCGCCGGUCUGACCGGCCCAGCCUCGCUCGGCGCACCCUAUCUCACCAGCGCUGAUAGUUCCGCGUCCCAGCUGCAACAGCCACGCAUGUUCGGUCUCUUCAUGCAACAGCUGACAUUGCGAGAGCAAGCCCAGCUGCUUGAAAUGCUCAGUAAUGCCAAGAACUACUAUGCCCAGCAAGUCAAGACGGGUCUUGCCGAUGCAGAGAGCGAUCGUACCGCAUCACGCUGCGAUCAUGAACGGGACGAGGCUCUCGAACGAAGCGUCUCGGCGCUUUUCGACGGGACGGGCCUCCAGCUCUUCAUCGACAAGGACAUAUCCUUUCUGGAGUCCGUCAUCGCCAUCGGUAUGGCUACCUCGGUGACAGAACUCGAGCGUGGUGCUCGUGCCGCAAGCUCCAAUGCGGGCUACGAAGUGGUGCAUAUUGGCGGCAUGCCCUUCUUGUUGCAGCUGCCGCCCGAUUAUAAUAAUGAGAGGCCGUCUUCACAAGGUCAUGCUGCUGCAAGCAGGCUUGCGAGAGAUCAUGUCUAUCGAGGCUACCUUGAUCAUAUGAUCGGCAUGAUCAAGCUGUCGGCAGCCAGCAGGACCGCCACCCCAAUAACAUACUCAAGAGGACUUCACGCAUCUGUUGGUGCAAAUGCUCGCUUCAACGGACAAGGCGGGCCUGUCAAUAUGGCUGAUGUAGCUGCAAGACCUCCCAUGCCGCCAAUGGGACAGCCCCGUCUAGAGCGUCAGAAUGCAAGGAUCAUCAAUGUCGACGCGGGCAUUGGAAGAGCAGGUCAGAACGGCGCAGGAGUCGCGGUCAUCAUCAAUUUGGACGAGCUCGGCAGGACGCUCGUCCCGCUAUUCUUUUUGACGCUCAAGAUCUCCGUCCUGCUCUACAUCUUCGGUCGCCAUGCUUCGGUGGCGAAGCGUGUAGUCAUGGGCUUGCUCGCCGUCGCUUGGAUCAUCUGGGAGGGUCUAUCGAUACGCCGCCGCAGACGUACGGAAGAAGCCCGCGCUCGUGCCCGUAGACUCAAUAACGCCGUUCGAGAUCUGCAAAGAGGUGUAAAUGCUCGCGCGGCUCCUGGUGCCGCGCCGAACGGUGCCGCAGUUCCGCAGAAUGAUGCCAACGAUCAAGGCGCGCCCCCACCCGCUGAGCCUCGAGAGGUACAGGUCAAUCCGGCUGCCGGUCGUGCCGCCGACGAUGCCCGCGCACUGCGUCGGAUCGCGCGAGCGGCGAACGAUCCACAUCGCCAGCAUCGCUCCCACCGGCGCUCACCAUUGCGUCCAAAGUACUGGAUCCAUUUGGCGGCCUCUGUCGGGCUUGGCCAGGAAUCGCGCGAGAUUGGCAUCGUACAAGGCAGUACUUCAAUGACCGCUCUGGCGCAGCUUCGGCCUCCUCCGCCACCUGCCAAUUCGACCGAAGCCAAGCAGCGCUCUCUUGCCCGCUUCUUGCUCUCACUCAAGAUCUUCUUCGUGCUCUUUGUCUCGACUCUGUCACCAGAAGUCGAAGCGCGUCGCCGUAAGCUCCUCGACCGCCGUGACAGGUUAGUGAGCCAGAUCAGAGCAGCCGAGGACGCCAGACGGAUCGCAGCUGAGAUCGCAGCCCGUAACGCUGCCAAUCCAACAGAGUCUUCGAGGAGCGAGCCAGAAUCUGCCAACACGCCAGUAAGCACGUCGCAGACGAGCGCGCAGGAGAUCGGCACGCGCACGCCAGAGUUGGGUGCGCCCGCAAGGGACGAGCCCUUGCCCGCUUUAGACAGAGCCGAGCCACUAGCCGAGGACGGCAUCGACUCUGCCGACGUUAGCACAGAAGAGGAUGAGAAUGAGCCCGAGGAGCCCAAUGCUGCCGCUCAAGACGAGAUGAUGGUCCUUUAA